AUGGGGAUUGAGGGAGAGAGUUGGAGUGUGGAGAAGAGGUUUAGGGUUACGGAGGUUUUCUUGGGGGUGCUAUGGUGUUGCGCAUCAGCCUACCUCUCAUUCUACUUCACAGAUUGUCUAAUGUCAAGAUGGCUCCUAAACUACACCCCGCAAGCAACGCUCGUCCGCCUCCUCACAAUCAACGCCCUAAACGCCUACAUCACAAGCUGGGUCCUCUAUCUGUCCGGCGGAUCAGAAGAUCCACGAUUGUUGUUACCGGCGUGGAUUAGUAUCGCGACUACCCUAACAUUCCUCUACCACCUAACCCACCCACGCCUUGCAAUCCUCAAAGAGACCUCCCUCUCCAUCUCCGUCUUCUCAAUCGCGAGCUUCAUCAGCCUCGUCAGUCUCUUACUCCAACUCCAUCUCACACGGGAAAACGACCCACCGGUGCCGCUCUUCACCAUCGCGCGGGAAUGUUGGGAGUAUCUAAAGAUAGGUGUGUAUAAGAUAGGAAUGGCAGGAAGACGAGAGUUAUAG